AUGGACCUCACCAAUCGGGGUGUCGCAUACCUUGAGAACGUUAUGCCUGCACUAGUCAAGGCAAACAUGGCGAUGAAAGAAAGGCCCAGAUCACCUUCUAGCGAACCCAUGAUGCGCGAUAGCUUUGCACCGCCUCUGCGUCGGUCUACAGCAGAUGAUGGCCUGCACCCUUGCACAUCGUCGCUCCACUUCAACGACUGCAGCGGCACAGCAGAUGAAUUCGCCGCUGCGCCUGACAGAACGACUAGCGAGACAGGAAUGAUAGACGCUCCUCCUCUGUCUCUGGAGGAAGCUGUGUGCGAGCAGGAUGCGGGUGGUCCAAGCCAAUUUGGCGAGUACGAAGACGGCCUCAUGAUCGAACCGCGCGAUGAGCAAUAUUUGCCGUCGCCCGAAGACUGGAUGUGCACACCAGACGAAGAUCUGGCGCACGGCGUCAUGGACGAGCAAGCCGACGACGACACAACCUUCCAACAGCCUGCGGAAGCAUUGGAGGAAGACACGGCACUCCGACCCCCUCGCCCUCGGCUGGUGAUGCCAAACAAGCCAGCCCUGAAGAUACGAGAGCGUGGCGAGACAGACCUACCGGUAGUUCUACGCAUUCCGCCGAGCGAUGGCUCUAAUAACAACCACGAUUGUAUCGACUACGACAGCAUGUCGGACAUGGGUGGAAGCUCUUUGUAA